GGACGGCCACCGUGUAGCACGCGAUUUGUAGUGCCGAUUUGAAAUUUGUUUCAGUACUUUGCGCGCAAGAAUUCUAGUCUGGACACGAUGUUCCGAUUAAAAUGAUGAUGAAUUAUUAUUCUCAACGACAUAAGUUGCUCCCGUUCGCUUUGUUAGCUUCUAACAGAGAUGUAAUCGAAAAUUUUCUCCAAUAAGUAUGUAACAUUAUCGUGAUGACAGUGAUGAAAAGAAUUUACUAUAGUGCGUUAAUUUGAAAAAAAAAAAGAAAAAAGUAAAGAAUUAUAAUGAGGGAGUAUUCAACAUAGUUACUUUGACUGAACUGGACGAAUGGAAAAAUGUCGGAAGACGAAAGCUAUGGGUUUUGCUCGGAAAGUGCAACCGCUUUUCAGCGGGUCUAUAUCCAAGCUCACGGCUACAUCGCCCUUAUCAUUUGUCUUCUCGGUUCCGCAGCCAAUUCUGUUAAUAUCGCCGUACUUAGCCGGAAAGAGAUGACUUCGUGCACUAAUUCGAUCCUCACCGGGCUCGCCGUUGCAGAUCUCUUAGUUAUGAUCGACUAUAUACCAUUAGCACUCCACCUGUACACGAAAAUCGGUUCAGAAUUAAAUCAAAAUUCUUACGGGUGGGCCGUGUUCAUAUAUUUCCACUCAAUAUUCAGCCAGACCUUUCACACAAUAUCCAUCUGGCUAACAAUAAUGCUCGCAGUUUGGAGAUACAUAGCUAUUAAGUUUCCACAAAAGAACCAAACGCUGUGUAACAAGAGGAACACGACAUUGGCCAUAAUCCUCGCGUAUGCUGUAUGUCCAGUGUUGUGCUUGCCUAUUUAUUUCGCAAUGAAUAUAAAGGAACGUCUCCCAUCAGAUACUUCUAACGGCACGAACGUCACACUAAACUAUACAAGUGCUGCAAAUGUAUCAGAUCCGAAACAAUUUAUCAUAGAGAUGACGAACAAUAACGAUUUACUAACUGCCAUAUUCUGGAUUUAUAGUGUGUUCAUAAAACUAAUACCAUGUGUGGUUUUAUCUAUUUUGAGUGUGUUGUUGAUCAUGAAGAUGAAAUCGAGCGAUCGAAGACGACAAAAACUGUUAAAAAAAUCAGCCAUAACCACUACUGAGGGUGAGAAGGCGCGACUCAACGAUGACGGCAAGAAAGGGGGAGGACGCACAGAUCGAACGACCAGGAUGCUAGUAGCACUCCUGGGACUUUUUCUCGCGACAGAACUUCCGCAGGCGUUAUUUGGCUUAUUGACUGCUAUAGCGCCACAUCUCUUCCUAAUUUGCUACUACGCUUUUGGUGAAGUAAUGGAUCUGAUGGCGCUUGUGGGGUCGGCAGUGAAUUUCGUUUUGUACUGCAGCAUGAGCCGACAAUUCCGGACCACGUUCACGAGACUGGCGCGAAAGGUCCUGCCACUUCCACAAAGGCAGAGGGAGAGGGAGCCACUCACAACAGUCACUGUUUCGUAGCGAAAGGCUGUGGCCAAAUCUAUGGCCUCAGUGACGCAGCUCUAAAUAGAACGAUAAUAAGCAUGUCGAAAUAUUGAGAUUUUAUUUAGAGAAAUUUUAAAAGAAAGUUGUACAUUACUUUGGAAUAUUAGACCAAAACUUCGUGUAAGUUUAUGUUAAGAUAUAAAGUCUCAGCCCUUGUGGUCAUAAAAUUGUUAUUAAGUAACUGGGUGAGUAUUCGUAACUUAAUUUACUGGUGUAUUGUGAUAAUAAUUGGUAUUUUGAUUUAUUUGUGUAAUAAAAACAACCACGAUAUAUAUUUACGGAUUUUUUAAUAAGCAAUAAAUUUCAGAUUUUUUUUAGAAAACAGAUUCAAUCCUUUUGUUACACUCCAUCCAUUCGAUUGUCACAGCUUAUCAUUUAUACAACGUAACGCCCGUUAUCUGUUUGUAUUAUAUUUUGGAGAGAGUAAAAGUUUCUAUGGUGAUUUAUGAUAUCGUAAAUUAAAUAUAUUUUUGCAUUCGAAAAUUUUUAGAAUGUUUAGCUGUUUGUCAAUGUUAGCUACGGACAUAGGCUAUUAAUUUGGAUCUCAGAUCUCUUCGAACGCUUUGAGUACUGUAUUUCCUUGCCAUUGAAGCUUUUUUAUGUGUUUUCUUUUGAAAUAAUAUGUUACUGGAUGAAAUCAUGUUUUUAAAAAUACUAAAUCAAGAAAAACGAAAUUUAUUGAACUAGAAUUUACAUUUUGAAUGUAAAAAACGAAGCCAAUUCGUUGGUGCUAUAAACUCGUAGGUACGUGCAUGCUAUUGUACAUAAUAUUGUGUUUAAACUAAUAAUGGCUGAGUGUAUCUCAAGUAAAAAGAUAUCACUAUGUUAUAAAAUCACUCAACUUGAACAAGAAGCAUUGUCAUUCUAGUCACGUUCUUGGGUUUUUAAGUAUAUUCUAAAACCGUACGAAAAUAAUAUAAUUAAUAUUGCACUAACCAAACGAAAGCCUUCGUUAAAUAUUAAUAUUCCAUUACUAAUUUUAUAAUCAUAAAAUGGAUUUGCUAUAAAUUUUAUUUCGUCGAAAAUAUAUAUUUAAUAUAU